AAAUUUAAAUUUGCCGACUGGAAAGCUUUCGGAUAAUCGAUGCUAUACUGUAUUUAGCUUGUAUGCUUUAUGCUGUAAUUCUAGCAUCACUCGCAUAAGGCAAACGGGAAACACGAUAAUCGCUAACAAUUUAUUAUUUCAUCUUUCAGAAACGAAAAGCAUUUAAUAUUCAUUCCUUAUGUCCUUCGAUUAUAAUUACACCGGCAAUUUAAACAACUGUCUAGAAUUAAUAGUUUGUCUUCCUUCUUUACUUCUAUCCCAACUGUAAAACUAACAUUGAAUAAAGCCACCAUUUUUGCUUCGGACCGACAUCAAUUCAGCGCUUAACAUCUAUACGUCCUGCUAUUCGCCCAAUCGACUGCUCUCGCGAGAUCUUACCCUUAGCUCGUUCCACCCCGCGGCGGGUCGAGCCGCCGUCGCCGCCGAUCGCCUCUAAUCGGAAGGCGACGUCGGACGGCAUCAUUUAUGACCUUUCCGAAAUAAAGGCGGCGGCCGAAAUCCGACCUCCGCCUCCAGUCAUUCCGGCAGAGACGAAAUUCCUCCAGAAAACAUAUAUUAAGUGACAAAGCAUUUUCGAAUGGCGACCGCCGUCGACGGCGCCGCGUCGUCUCCGCGCGAAGACGUCGGCGCCGCUUUGGAUUGUGGGGAGCCGGCGGAAGUACGACGUAAACCGCGACGUCAUCGCGACGUAAAAAUCGCGUUUACUCGGUAGACUUUAACGUAAUAUAUUUACCGUAUAACGGCGGAAUAUAAUAUAAUAAUAAUAAUUAAUGUUUUUCCGUCGAUAAAUACGUCUCCCGCCUCUAUGAUAUGGGAGCGACCAGAUCCGGCAAGAAGCGAACGAAUUCCGGUCAAGAUUACAGGACGUUCUCCAAAGACGAUCUGAAGCAGGAACUGAGGAAGAGAGGCAUUAAAUGCGGCGGAAAGAAAACUGAUCUGGUAAAACGAUUGGAAAAGUGGGAUAAACAGAAAAUGUCUGAAAAUAUGGACACUUUACCAAAAGCAAGAAAAAAUUUAAACAGUAAUAGUAAUGGAGGAAUUUUACCAAUUUCAAGUAUAUCAGUGCAGACAUCUUCAUCUUCGAUUGCCAAUAGAGCAAGAUUAAAAAUGGAAGAAUUGAGAGAGCGAGAAGAAUUAGUUCUUUGGAAACAACCAAUAACUACAUUUAGAUACUUUGUAAAUCAGUUACUAAUUUUAUUGGAAAAUUUUUUUAUUAAAUUAUGGCAAUUCAAAUGGUUAGUGGUAUUUAUUUCAACACUUAUUGGCUUAGGGAUUCUUAUUUAUCAAAUGGAAGGGCCUCAUCAGAAGUAUGUCAUGGUAAUAGAAAAGAAAAUUCUUUGGAGCCUGUAUUGGGUUGGAUUAGGUGUGUUAUCAUCUGUUGGAUUGGGAACUGGGUUGCAUACUUUUCUUUUAUAUUUGGGUCCACACAUUGCUGCCGUAACAUUAGCAGCAUAUGAAUGCAGUAGUGUAAAUUUUCCUGAACCACCCUAUCCUGAUGAAAUUAUAUGUCCAGAAGAAGGGACCAAAGCAAUGACUAUAUUAGCUAUCAUGAGUAAAGUAAGAUUAGAAGCUUGCAUGUGGGGUGCUGGCACAGCUUUAGGUGAAUUACCUCCAUAUUUCAUGGCCAAAGCAUCAAGAUUAUCGGGACAAGAUCCAGAUGAUGAUGAAUUGAAACAGUUUGAAGAAUUAAUUCGAAAAAAAAAAGAACAUCCAGAAGAACAGUCGUUUAUUGAUAAGACAAAACUGGCAAUUGAAAAACUAGUUGAAAGAGUUGGAUUUUUUGGAAUUCUUGCAUGUGCUUCGAUUCCUAAUCCACUUUUUGACCUGGCAGGAAUAACUUGUGGUCAUUUUCUAGUUCCUUUCUGGACAUUUUUUGGUGCAACACUUAUUGGCAAAGCAAUUAUAAAGAUGCAUAUUCAAAAAUUAUUUGUUAUCAUCGCCUUUAAUGAGCAUCAUGUUGGAUAUGUUCUGGAACUUAUUAAACACAUUCCUUAUGUAGGUGGAUAUCUUAAAGUACCAUUUGAAGAAUUUCUGGCAAAGCAAAAGGCCAAUUUGCAUCGUAAAAUAGGAAGUCCUGUACAUCAAGAAAGUAGCUGGCUUUCUUGGACAUUUGAGAAAGUCGUCUUGGCGAUGAUACUGUAUUUCGUCUUAUCUAUCGUGAAUUCUAUGGCUCAGAGCUACCACAAGAAACUGUACAGGCACCGAAGAAACUCUGGUAACGUUUGGACCGAACAAAAAUUGGCCAUCGACUAGAGUCUGUGGCCGGCGACCCCCGAAUGGACUGUCUCUCUCCGUACAACAGAAAAAGAAUGUCACCAAAACCGACCCGACGGCGUCGUCUUGGAUUUUUCAAAGUUCGUGCAACAAAUUUGCACGAGAAAAAUGUGACUUCGUCGCCCCAUUGUAUUAAUAUUAGCCUAUGCAUUAAGCCAGCGAAAUGAUUAUUGAGAAGUCUGUUUUUACCCAAAUUAAAAUAACCAUCAAGCGGACGGUCGCCCCAAAAUUCAUUUGCAUAGCCAAUGACGGCAUCAUUUAUUUUAAAUAUUUGGUCAAAUGGAACGGGGCAGACUUUGUUACCAAACUUCAGCAAUCCAAAUUAACUUUUUCUAUGUUACGAAAUACCAUUCCACAUGCCAAACAGCACUAGAUGUAAUAUAUUUUAAGUUCUUUAAUUACAUUAAUAAAAUAAUUGCAUUUCCUUUUCAACCGUACCACACCAACCCAACCUUAGAUAUUGCAUUCCUCCACCCAAUCGUUCCACCGGUUGCAAUUAAUUGCACGUAUGCAGUCUCAGAGGCCCGACACAACGCAAGUAAUUUUGCUCCGAUUUGAUGGCCGCCAAUGGAAAUUUUAUAUCCGUAUACAAUUUUAGUAGUAUUGAACGUUGAUUUACAGUAUUACCAUAAUAAAACUAUAUUUAUUCCUUUGAUAAAAAUUUUGUUUUUCAUUAUAUUUUUAUUUUUCCAAUUUUGUGUUGUGUACUUCUAUAUGUUCUGGGAAUAAUUUCAAACAAAAGUUUUAGUUCUGUUUUUCUCUUUUAAUUAUUAAAAUUGUGUUAUAUAUAUAUAUAUAUACACACAGAUAUAAGCUUCAAAUUAUACGUACAUAUUUAUAUUUAAAACAGGAAUAAAGUUUGAAAUUUUGUACAUUCCCAAGUCAUGUUAAUUUUCAGGGAAAUACUCAUCUUAUUAUAUAUAUAUAAAAUUUCUCUCUGUAUGUGGUACGCGGUAUAUGGUAUAUAUAUUAUUUUAAAUAUUUAUCCUUGUAAUAAAAUUGGUACUUAAUUUUAUUUUGAAAAAUUUUCUUUAUUCUUAUGGGAAAAUAAAGAAAAUUUUGAGUGCCAAGUAGUAUUGCGAAAACUAUUUCGAGAAAGAUAGCGUAUGUUUGCCACCAUAGCAUAGUCGCCUAUUGUUUGGCAUACAUGUACAUAAAACAAAUUUCCGUAUUUUUAGCGUGCUCGAAACGACCAAGACUUCAAUCUGCCUCGUCGUCCAUUGCUUUCUUACUCUAUAAAUAAGAUUGGAAAAGGUGCAUGCAAACAGUAUGCGUCGUCUACUUUUAGAAAACCUGCUCAAUUUUUUAUAGUUUGCAAAUGGGAAUUCUGUGCUGGAUCAAGAAUGUUUCUUGUUUUUAUACUGGGGGUGACAGAAUUUCGACUCGGGGUUUCGAAACCGACCAGAAUGGACACUGGGCACAUACGUUAGUUUAUCGCCACGUGAUCUGGUCGCCGGCAUUGACGCAUUUAAAAUAUUCCAUAAAGCCGAAUUGCCAGAGGUUGGCUUGAAAAGUAAUGAUUCAUCAUUCCAGCCAUUUUUUUUUUCGUUUUUGGUUAUUGAUUUGUCAUUUUUAACAGAAACGUUAAUUAUCCAAACUUUGUGAUCUGAUAGAGCGACUCUAAGACAUAUGUAUAAUAAAUAAGUUAAAAAUCUGCGCAAAAAUAAACCUUUGUAAAUAAAAUGAUUCUGACUGGAAUUCGGAGAUGGUUUUAAUUAAGAUUCCAAAGUAUAAUGAAUGCACCGUAAACGUUUAAAUGGAAUAAAAAUGUAAUUUGGUCGGUUUUGAAUUUUAAAAGUCAUUGUCUCAUUUCCAUUGUAAUAGUUACUACUUUUCAUUACUUUUUUCCUAUAAUAUUGAAAUAAAAAAACACAAGAUAAUCGAU